AUGCGCUGCGCCCCUGCCAUGCGCUGCGCCCCCGCCACGCGCUGCGCCCCCGCCACGCGCUGCACCCCCGCCACGCGCUGCCCCGCGCUCCUCCUCGCGCUCUGCGCCCUGGCAGGUGUGAGCUGCAGGAACCAGGAGGAGAAGCUGCUCCAGGAUCUCAUGGACAACUACAACCGUCACCUGCGCCCAGCGCUGCAUGGAGACCAGCUCAUCAACGUCACCCUCAAGCUCACCCUCACCAACCUCAUCUCCUUGAACGAGCGGGAGGAGACCCUCACCACCAACGUCUGGAUCGAGAUGCAAUGGUGCGAUUACCGCCUGCGGUGGGACCCCCAGAAGUACGACAACAUCGAGCUGCUGCGGGUGCCCUCCACUAUGGUGUGGCUGCCCGACAUCGUCCUGGAGAACAACAUCGACGGGACCUUUGAAAUCACCCUCUACACGAACGUGCUGGUGUCCCCCGAUGGCUGCAUCUACUGGCUGCCCCCUGCCAUCUACCGCAGCUCCUGCUCCAUCCACGUCACCUACUUCCCCUUCGACUGGCAGAACUGUACCCUGGUCUUCCAGUCCCAGACCUACAGCGCCAACGAAAUCAACCUGCUGCUGACGGAGGAGGACGGCCACACCGUGGAGUGGAUCGUCAUCGACCCCGAGGCUUUCACAGAGAACGGCGAAUGGGCCAUCAAGCACCGUCCCGCUCGGAAGAUCAUCAACGCAGGGCACUUCACCCCGGAUGACAUCCAGUACCAGCAGGUCAUCUUCUACCUCAUCAUCCAGCGCAAGCCGCUCUUCUACAUCAUCAACAUCAUYGUGCCCUGCGUCCUCAUCUCCUCCAUGGCCGUGCUGGUCUACUUUCUGCCCGCUAAAGCGGGGGGACAGAAAUGCACCGUCUCCAUCAACGUGCUCCUGGCCCAGACCGUCUUCCUCUUCCUCAUUGCCCAGAAGGUGCCAGAGACAUCCCAGGCCGUGCCCCUCAUUGGGAAGUACCUGACCUUCCUCAUGGUGGUGACCGUGGUGAUCGUGGUGAACGCUGUCAUUGUCCUCAACAUCUCGCUGAGAACGUCCAACACUCACUCCAUGUCGGAUAGAGUGCGCCAGGUGUUCCUGCACCUCCUGCCCCGCUACCUGGGCAUGCACAUGCCGUGCGAGGAGGCGGCGGGGCCGCCGCGGGCCGCCCGCAGGCGCAGCUCCCUGGGGCUCAUGGUGAAGGCCGACGAGUACAUGCUCUGGAAAGCCCGCACCGAGCUGCUCUUCGAGAAGCAGAAGGAGAGGGACGGGCUGAUGAAAAUCGUGAUGGAAAAGAUCGGACACGGCCUGGAGAGCGGCAGUGACCAAGAUUUCUGCCAGAGCCUGGAGGAGGCAGGCCCUGAGAUCCGUGCCUGUGURGACGCCUGCAACCACAUCGCCAACACCAUCCGGAAGCAGAACGAUUUCAGCAGUGAGAAUGAAGAGUGGAUCCUGGUGGGGCGAGUGAUCGACCGCGUCUGCUUCUUCAUCAUGGCCUCCCUCUUCGUGUGUGGCACCAUCGGCAUCUUCCUCGUGGCUCACUUCAACCAGGCGCCCGCCCUGCCCUUCCCUGGGGAUCCCAAGAGUUACCUGCCAUAG